CUUUCUUUCUCUUACGUUCUCUUUCCUUUGCCAUUUCAUCUAUCUUAGAGAUUAUCUUCGUCUUUGUUCAUCUCCAAACUCUCCUUCCGUUUUUCCUUAGAGGGGCGCGCAUCCCGUGCGCGUUCCUUAACUGGUAAUGGAAUCCACAUCUCUCGUCUUCCUUUCCAUUGUAUAUCUUGUCUUAGUCGUUGUUCAUGGCGCAUCAGAGACCGAAUCUCUCUUGAAAUUCAAGAACUCUCUUGUUAUUGGGAGAGAAAAUGGUUUGAAGAGCUGGCAUAGAAGGAACCCCACAUGCAAAUGGAUUGGUGUCUUGUGUGAUAGAGGCUUUGUUUGGGGAUUACAGCUAGAGAACUUUGAGCUCUCUGGCUAUCUAGACAUUGAGGCGUUGACUGGUUUGAAGUCUCUGAGGUCUCUUAGCUUCAUGAAUAACAAACUUGGAGGUCCAUUUCCAGAGUUCAAGAAACUUGUUGCUCUCAAAUCACUUUACUUGUCAAACAAUCAAUUCGACGUAAAGAUACCUAAAGAUGCAUUUGAUGGGAUGGGGUGGUUGAAGAAACUCCAUUUGGAGCACAAUAAGUUUCGUGGUGAAAUUCCAGCGUCCUUGGCCAAUAGUCCCAAGCUUUUAGAGCUUAGACUUGACGGGAACCGUUUCACUGGACAAAUACCAGAGUUCACACACAAACCACACAUGUUGAACCUUUCAAACAAUGCAUUAGCAGGUCCAAUCCCUAAGAUUCUCAGUACAAUGGAUCCUAAAUUCUUUGAAGGCAACAACGGCUUAUGUGAAAAACCUUUGGAUACAAAAUGUUCUUCUCCUUACAGCUUGUCCCCAGAGCCAAAGGACAACUCCAAGAAAAAAUCAUCUAUGUUUUUGUACAUUGUAGCUGCAGUGGUCGCAGCACUGGCUGUAAUACUCAUAAUUAUUGGAGUGAUCAUCUUCCUUAACCAUAGACGAAAGAAGAAACAAUCAUUAUUGACAGCAGAGCCUGGACCAUCAAGUCUACAACUGAGAGCUGGAAUCCAAGAAAGUGAAAAGGGACAAAGUAGCUACCAUUCACAAAACCGGGCUGCAAAGAGGAUGAUUCAUACCACAAAAUUGUCAUUUCUGAGAGAUGACAAGGGAAAAUUUGAGCUGCAAGAUUUAUUGAAAGCAUCGGCAGAGAUUCUAGGGAGUGGAUGUUUUGGAGCGUCGUAUAAGACAUUGCUUUCGAACGGAUCACUGAUGGUAGUGAAGAGGUUUAAACAUAUGAACAACGCAGGAACUGAGGAGUUCCAAGAACACAUGAAGAGGUUGGGGAGGUUAAACCAUGAGAAUUUGCUCCCAAUUGUAGCUUAUUACUAUAAAAAAGAGGAAAAACUUUUUGUUAGCGAUUUUGUUGGAAAGGGAAGCUUGGCUGCUCAUCUCCAUGGUCAUAAAUCGUUAGGGCAACCAAGCUUGGAUUGGCCAACAAGAUUUAAUAUUGUGAAAGGUGUAGGGCAAGGACUUUUAUACCUCCACAAAAACCUACCAAGCCUAAUGGCUCCUCACGGUCAUCUAAAAUCGUCUAAUGUUCUUCUCAAUGAGAAUUUCGAGCCUCUUCUUAUGGACUAUGGCUUGAUCCCAAUGAUCAACGAAGAGAGCGCACAAGAGCUCAUGGUGGCUUACAAAUCGCCAGAGUACUUGAAACAAAGCCGUGUGACUAAGAAAACCGAUGUGUGGGGGCUCGGAGUACUCAUCUUGGAGAUUCUUACAGGAAAGAUCCCUGAAAGUUUCCCUCAAAACAGUAAAGACAGUGAGGAGGACCUUGCUAGUUGGGUGAAGUCGAGUUUCCGAGGAGAGUGGACACCAGAAUUGUUUGAUCAAGAAAUGGGGAAAACCAAUAAUUGUGAAGCUGAGAUACUAAAACUCUUGAGAAUUGGACUGAGUUGUUGCGAAGUAGAUGUGGAGAAAAGGUUAGAUAUAAGAGAGGCUGUUGAGAAGAUGGAAGAUUUGAUCAAGGAGAGAGAACAAGGAGAUGAUGACUUCUACUCAACAUAUGCGAGUGAAGCUGAUGGGGGUUCGUCGAGGGGAGUGUCAAGUGAGGCAAUUAACUUAUCAUGAAACGAGACAAGCCAACAAAUUUCAUGAUAAAUUUUUUGAAUGUGAGACCAAAAUUUGUGUCUCAAACUGCAACUUUCUUCAAGUUAAUUGAUGUCGACGAUACAACUCAACCUACGGAAACCCCUUAAAGUAGAAAAAAAAAAUUGGUUUUGCGUUGACUUGUGAUGUUAUUGUUAUCUGCAAGAAAAUAAUGUAGAAGUAAACAUCUCUCUUUUUAUUACAAAAGAGCAAAGAGAAAACCUUUAAAACCUGAAAAAUUAAUAUAUAUUACACACUAUCUUGUCCUACAUAGGUGCUGUCAAUUGGCAUGUAAGGUUCUCUC